GCGACUUGAAGUGCUGCUUCCGGGCUGCUGUCCUGUUUAUAUGACACUCGGUUAAGCUAAAGCUAAGUUCUGUGAAAAUGACGGAACAGAAAGCAGAAAAUAUCAGCUCCAUCCCUAUCGACGGGUUCAGCAAGUUAAGAAUAACGUCGAUAUGGACGUUUCUCAUGUCGGUGCAGUGGUCCGAGCCGUGGCUCAUCGGGCUGCUGGUGUUUCAUGUUGUGUGUUUGUUCCUGACUGUGCUGACCUGCAGGUUUUACAGAGCUCAGAUCUGCCACUUUCUGCUCAUAGUUGGCCUUGUUUAUAGCGCUGAAUAUCUGAAUGAGCUGGCAGCUAUGAACUGGAGGUCCUUUUCUGAUUUCCAGUACUUUGAUUCCAAGGGCAUGUUCAUAUCGUUGGUCUUCUCAAUUCCUCUUCUGCUCAAUGCAGUCAUCAUUGUGAUGGUGUGGGUGUACAGGACCUUUUCCACUAUGACUGAGCUGAAGACGCUUCAGCUGAAGAGAAAAGCUCGCAGAGACAAGAGGGAGAAAAGUGACUGAUCCCUCUCCUCGUAUCCGUAAAUGGGCUUCAUUUGGAGGCAUUUAGAAUCUAUCCUUGACUAAUCCUGAUUUUUGGGAACAGAAGGCAGAUUCCUUCUUGCGGCUUAAAAAGGAUUGUUGAUGGGAUGCCAGGAAUGGAGGUGUUCUGGUAAUGACUGUUGAAAGAUGCACUGGACUGUACUGUACACAGUGGGAUCUGUGAGGACCAAAGGACGCUUACUGUUUUGUAUUUAACGCUGUUUUAAAAUGUGUUAAGAUGUAAAAACAAGAUUUAAAAAAAAGAAUAAAGUGUUUUUGCAAUGGCACGGUAUUUUCAAAGGACCACAUUAAGGAUAAAUCCACGAAUCAUCUUCAUUAAUUCAUUAACAGAAAAGUAAUAUAUGCAGAGAAAGAGGAGGCAAAAUGAUAUCAGGCUGAUUUUUUUUAAAAUUUUACAGAAUUAAAAAAUUAAAAAGUUGAUCUGCAUUAGUUGAAGUUGCUUAAAAAUGAGUUAAAGUUCCUCCAUGUUAAUUAAAGUUGCUCAAAAAUUUGUUGAAGUUGCUCACAAAUGAAUUACAGUUGCUCUACAUUAGUUAAACUUGCUCCAUAUUAAAGUUGCUCUAUAUUAGUUAAAGUUGCUCUAAAUGAGUUAAAGUUGCUCUAUAGUAUUUAAAGUUGCUCAGAAAUGAAUUACAGUUGCUUUACAUUAGUUACAGUUGCUCUACAUUAAAGUUGCUCUAUAUUAGUUAAAGUUGCUCUGCAUUAUUCUUUAUUAUUAUUUCUAUUAUUAUUUAUGUUUUAUUUUCCAUAACUGAAAUGGAAAUUGCAUUAGUUUCAGAUCUGUUGCUGUGUCCUUCUAGUUCAGUCUCAUCAUCUCAAACAGGCGUUAAGGUGCAGAAGAACUAACAAGCUACUGUGAGCUGAGCUAAAAUAAAGUGCUACUGUAACUGG